AUGAAGACGAGCAAGGAGUGGUGCUAUCAGGCGAAUUCCUACACAAGGGGCAAGUCCCACAGGCAAAUCGGGCACGUGCCAUCGCUCGGUUUUGGGAGCCGGAGGCUCUCCCCUAAGACCUUGGUGGGGUACGACUCAAUGGUGGGCCGGUCUAGACCGCUAGCCGACCUAAUUGAGGGCCCAUCCAAUUUCGAGGCCCGAAUCCUCCUUGAGCCCGCAAAUCCCGCCCUCAUUCUCGCAUCCCCAGCAUUCGGGAUCCUCCAUCAGAUCCAUCGACGACCAGUAGAACUGCGACACCGUCCACUGCAUCGGCACCAGCACCGACGCAAUCCUCCGGCACGUCGGCGGCACCUCCGCCGUCAUCCGCGAACUCGCCGCCACGACCGUGUAAUUCCUCCCGCUGAGGCACAUCAGGGGCAUGAAUCGGGCCUCGGUGUAGUCCAUGUAACCAGUCGAGCAGUUGAGGAAGGUGUAAUUCCUGGUGUAGACGCCCCUGAAUCGCGAGCCCGAGAGGCUGAAAUUGAGGAUUCGGGCAGGGAGGCACGAAUCCGGGUCGUUGAUGAAAACGGCCUGGGCCGAGUAGUCGAUGUGGUCCACCAGGAACUCGCCGGACUCCGGGAGUCUGAGGAUCGUUUGGUUGUCGCUGUUGCAGUACAGAUCGAAGCCCGGGUACCCGAGCCGGCCCGGGGCCCGAUCCGCUAG